AUGUGGUCUCACACCAACAAUGGACUAUCGAAGCACGUGGUGAAAAAGCACUGGCCAUCCAUCCCUCCCCCCGCCACCCGAGCACUACCCUGCACCCCGAACAAGCCCUACGCCAAGCACCGGAGACCAGGUGAUGUCCACCCCACCGGCAAGGGACAGCAAACCCCACCCAAGGCCCUGCGGGCCCCAACAGGCCCCGUCGACGACCCGGCCAGCAGGAGGGCAACGGCAUCCGCCGCGGUGUGGGGAGUAAUAAGUAUUGACAACAUGACUCUACCGGCUUUGCACAACACCGGAGUGCUUUACAGAAGGAUUUUGUCACAAUUUCCCCAGGAUAUCAGUUUAGCUUUUGCAUAUGGAUCUGGCGUUUUCAAACAGCAAGGAACGAGCCAAGGUCAAAUGGAGAAAAACAUGCUGGACUUUGUGUUUGCGGUGGACGAUCCAGUCACGUGGCAUACCAUGAAUUUGCUGCAGAACCGUAAACAUUACUCUAUCCUUAAACUAUUGGGACCUGCUAUGAUCAGCUCCUUACAGAGUGACCAUGGAGCAGCUAUGUACUACAACACGCUGGUGCCAGUUGAUGGGAGGGUUAUUAAGUAUGGUGUGAUAAGUACAGAGUGUCUAAUUGAUGACCUCAUGCACUGGAAAAGCUUGUAUGCUGCAGGGCGGCUUCACAAACCGGUGAAGUUGCUGGUGCAGGGUGAUAAUGGAAAGCUGCGUGCCGCGAUGGUAGCCAACCUGAAAAGCGCUGUAACGGCAUCAUUCCUUAUGCUUCCGGAAAGUUUCAGCGAGGAGGAGCUUUUCCUGCAGAUUGCUGGUCUUUCUUACGCUGGUGAUUUCCGGAUGGUGAUAGGAGAGGAUAAAUCCAAGGUCGCCAACAUAGUUAAUGACAACAUCGAGCACUUUCGGAUUCUCUACAGUAACAUCUUACGGGACUGCCCGCAAGUGGUCUACAAGCCCCAACAAGGAAAACUGGAGGUCGACAAAAGCCCAGAAGGCCAGUUUGUCCAGUUGAUGGCGCUUCCUCGCACCUUGCAGCAGAGGAUUACAAAACUGGUGGAUCCUCCUGGGAAGAAUAGGGAUGUGGAGGAGAUAUUGCUGCAGAUGGCUCAGGACCCCGACUGUGGAGUAGUUGUGCAGCAAGGAAUCUCCUCAAUUGUGAAAUCAUCCAGUAUAACACAGAGUAUCAAAGGAAUUGCGACAGCUGGCAUGUGGAAGACCGUGUCCUAUAGCGCUAAGAAACUUAUAAAGAUGUGGAAGGGCUGGAAGAGGAAACCAUCAAUUUCACAGACUUCCUGA